GUUGGAGCUCAUGGCGAUCACAGGUGAUCCUUUCCUCGUCUUGACACGUCGAAGCGGUGGUCACGAUAAUGUACUGCGAAGUGUUGGCAUCGAGCCUUCUCCCGGAGUUUUCAGCUCGAAAGGUUUGCAAGCCACGAGCUGUGAGCGGACCGGGAACUGGUCGAAAAAAGACGAGGCACUGGUUGAGUUGCGAGCAAGUAUGAAAGGAAAGAAGAAGGAAAACGAGUACCGAAGCGAAGCGAAGUCAGUGUUUAGCUCACUCGGCUUGAAAGACGACAACUUUUACGUUCGAGCCUUCCUCACCACGGCGUGCCCGCUCAAGGCCUCCGCGGACGAUUUUCUACUCGACUUGAGCUCCGCGAUAGAAAUAAUGAAAACGGGACUCAGCAUCAGGCCAAAGCAAGAAAAAGCCCGGUGUUUGCUUCAAAACAUGAUCCUGUUCCAAGGCAAGCUCGAGUGCAUGACAACGCUUCUAAAUCCCAGGGACGCCAGACACGAGCUCCUCGACUUGGCUGCUCUGCAAAAAUCAGUCCAAGCACUGCGAGAGAAGCUUGAGAAAGGGAAGGAACUUCUGCGCGACCACGUCAAAAGGCUGCUAACCAAUCGCUGGGACUUGCGAGAGUGGCAAUAAGCUUGAUCUCAUGUAGAUAGUACCAUAGAGCGAACUACGUAAAAUAGAGAAAACGUUAACAGCAAACAACUAUAAGCAACAGAAACCUUAGCGAUACUUGAAAAAAAUAUUAACUUAGCCACAGUUAAAAUCACAACUUUUUACCUUUCGUUCUAUUGAUAAUUACAGCACGAUUCAUUCC